AAAGUGCUCAUUUCAGUGGAAGAUGUCAAUGACAAUAGACCUGAAGUGACCAUUACAUCUUUAUUUAGUCCAGUGAGGGAAGAUGCUCCCCAAGGAACAGUAAUCCUUCUUUUCAAUGCACAUGACCGAGACUCUGGGAAGAAUGGCCAAGUUGUUUGUUCCAUCAAGGAGAUUCUACCUUUUCAAUUAGAAAAGUCAGUAGAAGAUUAUUAUAGGUUGUUGACAGUCCGAAAUCUUGACCGAGAAAAAACCUCUGAAUAUAACAUCACAGUGACCGCAACAGACAGAGGAACACCAUCCCUGUCCACGGAAAUUCACAUCACCCUACACGUGGUCGACGUCAACGACAAUCCACCCUCCUUCUCUCAAACCUCCUAUUCAGUCUAUCUCCCUGAGAACAACCUUAGAGGCACCUCCAUCUUCUCGGUGACAGCCCACGACCCCGACAGCAAUGAGAACGCUCGGGUUGUUUACUCCUUAGCUGAAGACACCAUCCAAGGGACACCUCUGUCCUCCUAUGUCUCCAUCAACUCCAACACUGGUGUGCUAUACGCACUGCGCUCCUUCGACUACGAGCAAUUUCGCGACCUUCAAAUGCAGGUGAGGGCAAGCGACAGCGGGGACCCACCUCUCAGCAGCAACGUGUCACUGAGCUUGUUUGUGCUGGACCAGAACGACAAUGUACCAGAAAUCCUGUACCCCAUGCUUCCCACCGAUGGCUCCACGGGUGUAGAGCUGGCACCCCGCUCUGCAGAGCCCGGCUACCUGGUGACCAAGGUGGUGGCUGUGGACAGAGACUCAGGCCAGAACGCCUGGCUGUCCUACCGCCUCCUCAAGGCCAGCGAUCCAGGACUCUUCACGGUGGGGCUGCACACGGGCGAGGUGCGCACAGCGAGGGCCCUGCUGGACAGAGACGCACUCAAGCAGAGCCUGGUGGUGGCGGUCCAGGACCACGGGCAGCCCCCUCUCUCUGCCACCGUUUCCCUCACCGUGGCCGUGGCUGACAGCAUCCCCGACGUCCUCGCUGAACUAGACAGCCUUGAGUCUCCCGCCAGCCCUGACGACUCAGGCCUCACUCUCUACCUGGUGGUGGCGGUGGCCGCGGUCUCCUGUGUCUUCCUCGCCUUUGUCAUUGUGCUGCUGGCGCUCAGGCUGAGGCGCUGGCACACGUCGCAUCUGCUCCGGGCUUCAGGAGGCGGGUUAGCGGGUGUGCCUACGUCUCACUUUGUGGGUGUAGACGGGGUGCGGGCUUUCCUGCAGACCUAUUCCCACGAGGUCUCGCUCACAGCGGACUCGAGGAGGAGUCACUUGAUCUUCCCGCAGCCCAACUACGCGGACACGCUCAUCAGCCAGGAGAGCUGUGAGAAAAGCGAGCCUUUGUGCGUGUCAGAUGAUUCCAGGUUUCCUAUAGAAGACACCCCUUUGGUUCCAGUGAGUUCAAUUUUUCCUUUACUUUAAAAAAAAUUUGGUUUUCUAUUUAAGUGUUUGCACUUUAGAAUAAGUUGAUAUUAACAUAUUUCUCACCAUACGUUUAAAUUUUCACUGGGCCUAAUUUUUGCUCUAACAUACAUAGGAGGCAUUUAUUGGUUACAUCGUUGUUAUAAUUUUUGCUUUCUCUUAAUGAUUAACCUAAGGUCAGUGGAAACCUUCCUCUUGGGACUGCUCUCAUUAUCAGGCAUUGGGCAUGGCUCUUUGGGUGAGGUUGCUUCAGUGGUUACCACGGUUCACUACUAAUUCUUAGGACUGGUUUCCAUUCCUGAAAUUUGUUACUAUUGUUAUCUCCAAUGGCCCCAUUGUGAAAUUCUUACUCUAAAAACAUUUCUGCAGCCGAUGCUAUUUUUGUAAGGGUAAAUAAAUAAGAAAUGCAUUCUUCUUAUAAAAACAACUGAAAGCCCAGACUCAGUACUUCUUUACUGUUUCUGUGACAGGACAACACCCCUUAGAGGUGACGUGUUUCCGUUCACAUGUUUGUAGAGGUUGUUUGCAUUUAAAGAUCAUUUCGGAGGAUAAUUCAAACUUCAAAUAUCAUCCAUUUCCAAAUCCUAGAAAAGGAUGCUUUAUUCUUUUAAUAGUGAAAAACUUUAACAUCAUUUAUUCUCAUCCUCAGAGCUGUUGAUUUCCUAACACUAUAAUAUCAGAUUAUUAAUAAUUUGAAACCUCCUAUAGUUUAUGCUUGCUGAAGAGGGGUUUCUUAGACUGGACCCUGUGAGAAGACAAAACAUAGGAAAUAAAAGUUAUUCUUCAACUGUUUUUUAUGGCUUAAUCCUCCAACUUUUGAGGCUAGAAAUAAAUCUGGUUAUGGGAGAUGGUUUAGGAAAAUAUUCUCAGGAACUGCUAUGGAGAUUCUAAGAAUAUUUUACUGGCUUUUAGACAUAAGGAAAAGAAUAAUGUAUUAUGUAAUGUGAUUUAUUUUAUUUUAUUUAUUUAUUUUUUUUGCGGUAUGCGGGCCUCUCACUGCUGUGGCCUCUCCCGUUGCGGAGCACAGGCUCCGGAC